AUGAGCACUGACAUCGAAGGGAUAAAAAGCAAAGAUGAUGCAGCAUUCAAAUUGAAGACUGAAAUAAACGGAAUUGAAAAGGAAAUAAAAAGUUGGUUUAUUAAAAGAAGAUUAAACAUGGAGUUGAAUUAUUCACUAAAUAAUAUUUUUAGUAAUUAUAACAUUGUAGGAUUGUCAAUUAACAAAAAUAUAGACCCAAAGGAAAAGAUGCUGUGGUAUGAUAUUGUUAAUGGAAAGCCAGAACUAGAAGACACCUUAAGUUUAGAUGCAAAAGAAUACAAAGCAGACUUGUAUAAUAAUAUGUGGAAUAAUAGCACAACAGUUGAUAACCCUUGUAGAUUAGUUGGUUCAAUUUUCUUUCGAUGUUUAAAAAGUAAUUAUCAUUUAAAAGAAUCUGAAAGAGAAGGAACUUGUAUUCAUAGUUUUAUGAACUUCAACAAUUGUAGAAAGGCCUUAAAAUUGCAACAAGCAAAUAACAUAAAAAAUGCACUUACAAAUCAGCACGUGGAAGAUACACAUGCCAAAGCUCUCUUUCAGCGUAGGAGUGAGCUACUUGAUAAGUUGGACAGAAGCAUGUAA